AUGGCUUCACAAAAAAUCACCUCCGCCCUCGCGGAGAUCGAAGCCUCCGCCAAUCCUCAAAACAAACUACAGCUCUACAGCGACCUCCUCUCCGACGUGGUAUCGACAUCGACAUCCGACCAGCUCGCCCAAGACCUGAUCUUCUACCUUGACUCCGUCCUCAGCGAAGACAUCAGCAUCGUCUCCGCCCGCCCCAUCCUCGACUCCUUCAUCGCCGUCCUCCGAAAACUCGACCCGUACACCCAGAUCAAAGUGGGCCAGCACGCCGUCACCCUCCUUCAAUCCCGCUCCACCUCCGUCGAAGAGCAGGACUCGCAGAUCCGCGAGCUCCUCGCCGACGCCUACGAGUCGCAGGAGGAAUACAUCGCCGCCGCGCGAGCCCUGCAGGGCAUCCACAUCGACAGUUCGCAGCGACUCGUCUCCGACGCCGCCAAGGUGCGGCUAUGGGUUCGCAUUGUGCGACUCUACCUGGAGGAGGAUGACACCACGACCGCGGAGGCGUUCCUGAACCGCAUCAAGAACCUACCCAGCAAGAUCGAGGACCACGAGCUGAAACUACACUUCAAGCUCUCACAGGCACGGAUCCUAGACGCGCGCCGCAGAUUCCUCGACGCCAGCCAGGAGUACUUCAACGUCAGUCUGGCCGCGGGAGUUGACGAGAGCGACCGUCUCCAUGCCCUGGCAGCAGCCAUCCGCUGCGCUGUCCUCGGUCCCGCGGGCCCCCGGCGCUCGCGCAUCUUAGCCACGCUGUACAAAGACGACCGCGCGACGUCCGUCGAGGAGUUUGGCAUCCUAGAGAAGAUGUUCCUCGAUCGGCUCUUGAACCCCGCCGAGGUGGCAGCCUUCUCGGAACGUCUGGCGCCGCAUCAGCUCGCACAAACCGCCGACGGUACCACCGUCCUCGACAAGGCGGUCGUGGAACAUAACCUCGUGGCGGCUAGCAAGCUGUACGAGAACAUCACGACCGACGCGCUCGGCGCCAUCCUGGGCCUCGAGGGCAGCGGGGACCUGACGGCCGGCGAAAAGGCCGAGGCGUACGCGGCACGCAUGGUGGAACAGGGUCGGUUGAGCGGCAGCAUCGACCAAAUCGACGGCGUCAUCUACUUCCAAUCCACCACUGGUGCGACGGGACAGCAUAUCCGGCAGUGGGAUGCGGGCGUGCAGGGACUUGCGGAGGACGUAGAACGGGUCGCGACGAGUAUCACGGAUGCUUUCCCAGAAUUUGCCGCGGUGCAUUGA